GCAUGUCCGGUUCUCCUCUGUCCCGAUGCCGAAGCACGUCUGGUUCUCCUUUCUUCUCCUCGUCUUCUUUUCGUUCUUCUCCGCCAUAAAAUCCGACACCGGCGGUCUAAAGUUGGUGCACAAUAUCGGUGUCGAUUCGAAAACGGUGAAUAUAUGCAUGUCGAUGGCUCUUUCGGAUUUUUACGCCGAACACCAGAAUUCCCGUACCAGAUUGUCUCCGCCAACAUGGGAUUCGCUUGCUGCACCUUCACCAGGAAAUGCAGUUGGACAUCUACCACAAGCCUCAGCUGAAGCCUCAUUUGCCAUAGAACUUAGAGACAGCUCUUCUCCAUCUGCUAGUCCUUUUCUGAUCAGAACAUCAACGACCGGCUUCUCUCGCCUAGCAGAAGCUACGGUUUCUACUUUGGAAAUGUUCGAAUGGAACCGAGUCGUAUUUAUAUACGAAGACAUGGAAUUCAGUAACGCCAUUAUCCCCUAUUUAGCCGACGCAUUAAAGAACAAUGGCAUUCAACUGUCCCACAGGACUGCAAUCCCAACCUCAGCCCAAAGUUCUCAAAUUUUAAAACAGCUUGAACCGCUAAUGACCCUGCAAAGUACGGUAUUCGUGGUGAUGCACAUGUCGACAGACCUAGCCUCUCGUUUCUUUGCGGUUGCAAACGAGGCGGGGUUGAUGAGCAAAGGAUUUGCAUGGCUUGUGACCUUUGUAGACGCCAUGGAUCACGUGGCUAUUGAUUCAAUGGAGGGUGUGAUAGGAUUGAGGCCUUACGUGCCGAACACGAAAGCUCUUAAGAACUUCAGAACGAGAUAUAAAAGGUUAUCCAUGAUGAUGCAGAACAAGGAGGCGACCGAGCUAAAUCUUUUUGGUUUGCGAGUUUACGAUAUAUUUCACGGAUUAGCUAUGAGUGUGGAACGAAUGAAUGGUAGUUGGUUAAUGGGGAUGUUGAACACUAGUUAUAGAGGGAUCAGUGGGGAUUUUGAGUUGGUGAAUGGGCAGAUUCAGCCUUCUGUCUUUGAAAUAUUUAAUGUAACCAAGAAAGGACAGAGGAUGAUCGGAUAUUGCACUCAUGACCGGGGAAUAUCUAAGAACUUGUAUCCGAACUCCAGACACACCCGAAGAACACUUGAGGCAAACGAAUCGAUCGAAAGCAAAUGGAUAAUAGGGGUUCCGAGUAAGAGUGGAUUCAAAGAGUUUGUGAACAUACAGCCUUGGGAUAAGAAAGUCGACGAACGCGAACCAGGUUUCACCAUUGAGGUUUUCAAAGCUGUGUGGGAGAGCUUAGGCCUACCUCCCAAUGGUUAUGAAUUUAAAACCAUGGAUGGAACAUAUGAUGAACUUGUUGCAAAGUUAAUGCUAAGGAAAUCCAUGCUGCCGUGGAGACAUCUCGAUUGUGUCCAGCAGGUCAAAUUGUGUUGAUUUUACCCUUCCAUAUCUGGAGUCUGUGUGGCAAUGCUGAUAAAAUGAGCCAUGAU